CUUUUAUAUUUAAUUUUUUCUCGAGUCUUUUCGUGAUCUUGGUGUCUGGAUCAGCUUUCGCGCACCUCUAUUAUAUUUCAGGGGAUACCUGUACCUCCUACAGGUCACAGAUAACUCUGUCCACGCUAGGACAAAUAGGAAAAAUCACCUAGUGUUUUUUUGGUCUCCGCUUAGGGGAUAUGGAUAUUUAUGUGAAAACACACAAGAAUUCUAAUAGAUACUAGAUCUGCCACCCGUAGUUACAAUUAUUUCAGUGUUACCCGUGUUAAAAUCCGUAAAGUUUAAAUCUUGAAUCGGCUCAAGCCUAAUAAGUUUCUUGAAUAGGUCUUCCAGAGGACAUUAGAGUUUAGAACUACAAUUAUUUCAGUGUCGAGAAAUGUUGGAUCCGCUCGGGCCUUGGAAGAAGCUUCUUGAAUAGGUCUUCCAAAAAGUUUCGAUUCUCAUAGUUGUCUGCAUGACAUGGCAUUUCCACACUUGAAUACUUGUUGUUUCCACUUCUCUUAUUCAUAUUACAUUAUGGCGAGCCUUAGUAGAAGUUGGUAGCUGCACCUCUUUUCAAUCGUGAUGACACCGGUAGUUGUGAGCACAGAUAUAACCAUUUCUUAGACUGAGUUCCUCCUACUCUAAAAUUAUUGUGUGGACGGAUCUCUCCACCCUUUUGAGGUAUUACUAGCUAUUCUGUAUGAGCAGAAAUGACGAGCAAGUAGUGCCACGGCAAUACAAAAUGUGACUUGUCGUAUGAUGGUCGGUGGAGUGCCCUGACUUGGUGUGCGCCUUGUAAUGAGCAACCUUUGUUAUAUCAUAGCAUAGUCGCCUAUGAGAGCAUCUAUCAUGGCGGUGUCGUCAACGAAGAAAAAGAGUGUCUUUGUUGACAGGGUAACAUGUGGAGUAAAGGUGAAGCAGAUCGCUUUUAUGGGGAUUAUAUGUACAAUUAUGUUUUUAAUUGUGUAUAGGACCACUAACUAUCAGUAUCAACAAACGGAGAUGGAGUCGAAAUCGGAUCCAUUUUAUUCUUCAAAGGAUUCUGAUGUAGAUAUUACAAGUUUCAACAGUUUGCCUCGUGGUAUUAUCCACGCGAGUUCGGAUCUAGAGUUAAAGCCUCUUUGGUCUACAAGUAAUUCAAAGUUCAAGGAUAGUGUUUCUAGUUCUCGUAACCUGUUGGCAAUGGCAGUUGGUAUUAAACAAAAGAAGAAUGUCGAUACUCUUGUCCAAAAGUUUCUUUCAGAGAAUUUUACAAUCAUCUUGUUUCACUAUGAUGGACAUGUUGAUGGCUGGUGGGACCUCAAAUGGAGUAAAGAAGCCGUUCAUAUUGUUGCAAACAACCAAACUAAAUGGUGGUUUGCAAAGCGGUUCUUACAUCCUGCUGCUGUUUCCAUAUACGAUUACAUUUUCCUUUGGGAUGAAGAUUUGGGCGUGAAGAAUUUCCAUCCUGGAAGGUACCUCGAAAUCGUUAAAUCAGAAGGACUUGAAAUUUCCCAGCCAGCCUUGGACCGGAACUCAACUGAAAUACAUCAUAGACUCACAAUAAGAAGCAAGAGAAAAAGGUUCCACAGACGAGUGUAUGAUAGCAGAGGUAGUACAAAAUGCUCAGGUGAAAGUGAAGGUCCUCCAUGCAGUGGAUUUGUGGAAGGGAUGGCUCCAGUCUUUUCAAUAUCUGCUUGGGUGUGUGCUUGGCAUCUUAUACAGAAUGAUCUCGUUCAUGGAUGGGGAAUGGACAUGAAAUUUGGUUAUUGUGCACAGGGGGACCGGAACAAAAAAGUUGGAGUAGUUGAUAGUGAAUUUAUCGUCCACCAGGGCAUUCAAACAUUAGGAGGGCCAUCUCUGAAGAAGCGUUCAAAUCUUGAAGAGUCUACGAAGAGACACGUUGUUGACGUGCGAUCAGAGAUUCGACGACAGUCUAUGUAUGAGCAACAAAUAUUUAAGGAACGGUGGGAACGAGCUGUGGAGGAAGACAAGAACUGGGUGGUGGAUCAAGUUAAAGCGAUCAGACGAAGACGUAAACGACGGCGCAAACAAAUACCAAAAGCACAGGUUAAGCUAAGGUAACGUUGUUUUAGCGAUAAUCAGAGAUACGUACAAUGUCUUGAUCAAAGAUUAUAAUACGAGGCUAUACAUCGAGUGUAUGUCAAUAUUUUUCGCUGUGUCAUUUCCGACUCCCACGAACACACGCAGUUGCAAGGGAACUUGUAAAUUGUUACUGUAUAGGCCAAUUGAAUUUCCAUAUAAUUAGUUCAUUGUUAUGAUGGUUGUGGCAACUCCAUUUUUGCCUAAACGAUUUUCGUUACCGAUUCUUGUAGUACUUUUCGGGGGGUUAGCAAAUUCCCCAGAAUUGAGAUGUAUAUUUAUUUGCCAGGUUACAAGUAUUGAACA